UUAGAAAAAGCACAAGCUUUAAGUCUUGAAAGUUUAGCAUUGGAGAAAUUUCGUAUGAAAAAGAAACUUGAAAAAUUACAAACACAAUUAAAUAAAUAUUCAAAUACCACUUCAAAUUCAGCAACAGUUGCGGCCGUAUCAGCCGCACAACAACAGUAUAAUGAAUUAUCUCGCUCUGAAAAACAGCAUCAAAUCAAGUCACGACCACGGCCAGGAUCGUUUAACACAGGACAAUCUAGUUCGAUUCUAGCACCACCGCCAAUCUAUCAAAGAAGGAAUAGUUCUGCACCAAGUACAGCAUCGGACGAAGCUGAUUUAAUAUCAUUCACUAGUCCUACACAAUCAUCUGUACCACCACAAAAGAGCCAAGAUUCCUUGAAAGAAUUCUGUGAUCAAAUAAAUUUACUUACCCAACAACAAUCUGAUAUGAGCUUAGUAGAGAAAAAUCCCCGUCAACAAAUGUUAGCAUUAAGUCGUAACAAUAAUAAUUUAACAACAUAUCCAACAAAUUUGUUUACACCACAACAGCAACAAUCGCCAACGAUUUUACCAACGCUGCCUUCAUUCAAUCAAAUGCUUCAACAGCCACAGCCACAGCUCGCACAACAAUCACCAGCUGCUCCAAGCUAUGGUUUUCAGCCGCAUAUUACUUCUGGUUUAAAUCUUAUGAGCGGAAUAGCACCAUUAAAUUCUGGUUAUCAAUAUCCACCACCAGUGCCUCAAAUUCCGCCAUUGCCAACAAAUUAUUUACCUCGAGUCGAACCGCCAAAGUUAGAUAUACCAGCAAUAACUUCCACACCAAAUAUUGAUGUGUUCAAAGUAAUUAGUAAACAAAAUAAUAGUAAUUUAAUUGAUUUAGCAUCUGGUUGCGAUUUAUCUGACGAGAAUCGUUCAGAUAAAAAGAAUAAUGUACGUGUUAGCGUUUUGGAAAUAUUUGAUCCAUUAUUAACGGAUCGAAAUUUAAAUAAACCAAUAGAUUCUUCCUCUACAACACAAACUGCCGAUGAUGCGGCAUCUGAAUGUUCUGGCAGUAUGUAUAAUGAGUACGAUCCAUUUGAUUAUUUAUAUAAUACUGGCUCCGGUGUUCCAAGCAAUGCAGAUCCAAUUUAUGCUGCCGUUGUACGUUCAGAUAAAACACCACAAUCACCACAGUCACCGCCACCUUUACCACCACGUGCUGUCUGGUCCACCUUAGAAAAGAAACGAAAAAGUAUUGAUGUGCUUCAAACGAAAAGAAAUAGGUUGUACGAGAACAUAACGGUUGUGAAACGAAAAUCAUUUCAUCAUGAUUGUGAUUUACGAGCUUUUUAUACAAUGGUUAAAGAUAUUCGAGGACGAUUUUUAUAUAAUGAUCCAGAAACAAAUCCAGGAGUAAUUAUUAGUCCAAUGAUAAGUAAUUUAUAUAGAUCCGAUACGAGUAUUAAACUUGUGGUUUAUCCAACAAAAGGUGAACGAAAUUUGGAAAAUCCUCCAAAACCAAUAUCAUUUACAUGUGAUGUGUCGUGCAGCGUGGAACACGUGAUAUUACAUGUUCUGUGUGAGUUAGAUGAACCACCAGAGAGAGCACAUCGUUUAGAAGUAUGGGGUGCGGUUGAAUAUUUAGCACCUGGAACAUGUCUAGCUGAUUACGAAUACGUGCAUCAUUGUAUUAAAUUAGAGCAAGAUGUCGUUUUUUCAUUAGUACCUGAAAAUUUAGUUGAUUGCUCAUUAUUGAGAACUGCUCAAGAUGAUCGAAGAGAUUUCGAAUUGACCAUCGAUGAUUUAUUACCAAAUGAACCCGGUUUUCCAAUAUCACAUGAAAAAUUAAAAAUAUUAUUGGAAAUCGUUGAACGAGAAAUAGAACGUUUAGAGGCGGCUGCCGUUGAAUUAUCAACGAAUUCAACAACAAUUUUACAUUCCAAUGGUGUUGUGCAAGCGGUCAAAGCUGUUUGUAUGCUUAUGGGUAUGAUUGAAACACCUGAUAUAUCUGAGGCUGUGGAAAAGAUUGUCACAUGUUGUGCGAAUAAUUCUAAUGUUAGUGAUUAUAAUUCGAUAAAUAAGGAUAUCGAUUUAGUAGAAACAAUAAAAUCGAAUUGUGAACGAAUUCGAGCCGCUAUACAAGGUUUAAUAGAAAUGUACUGUCAAGCAUUCCGUGUAGAUUUUCAAUUAAGUUAUAAAAAUGAAUUAGCUUCAAAUUCUUUAACUGUAUCUGAUGUGUUAGAUACAAUAUUAAUUCACGUAUGUGCCUUACAUAGAGUUCCUACCACUUGGAAGCAUAACGAUUACCUGAUAGCCGCACAAAUUUAUCAUGGAACUCGUCCUGUAGGGCAGCCAAUUCUUUCUCUACCGACACCGAUUUCUGUUGGUUUUUAUCCUAGAAUUUCAUUUAAUUCCUGGUUAGAUAUGGAAGGAAUUAGUGUUUGCCAAUUGGCGCGAGAGUCUCGUAUAGUUUUAGUUCUAUAUGGCCGUACAUUGGAACCAACUGACAAAGAUGAAACAAAUACUGUACCGAAAUAUACUCAAGAAGAAUUGGGUUGGGCUUCAAUACAAUUUUUCGAUUACAAUGGAAUGUUUACCCAAGGAAAUUUAUUAAUUUCAUUAUGGCCUUCGGUAACUGAUAAAAGAUUGGGACCAGCACCAUGCCAUGGGGCUCAUCCGCUUCCCGAUCAUCCUCUAUUAAGCCUAGAAUUACCUAGUCCUGCUGGGAAAAUAAUAUUUCCAUCAACUCCACCACAAUCACCAAAUAAUCGUGAACCAGUUGGUGAUUUUGCAUGUUUAGAUGAAAAUACUCAGCAACAACUUUUAGAUAUCGUCGAAAUGGAUAUUUUUAGUCGACCACCUAUCGAAUGUCGUGAAGUUUUGUGGGAGAAACGACAUUAUUUACGACAUUUACCAGAAGCAUUACCAAAAGUUCUUUUAGCUGCACAUAGUUGGGAUUGGGCUUGUUUGGCCGAUUUACAUUAUAUGGUUCAUAAAUGGACGCCAAUGCAACCAGUUCAAGCUUUACAAUUACUUUUACCUUGUUUUCCUGAUAUGGAGGUUCGUCGAUGUGCAGUCAACUGGAUAAAAUCAUUUACAAAUGACGAAUUGGCAGAUGUUUUGCCUCAAUUAGUACAAGCUUUAAAGCAUGAAACAUACGAAGCAUCUCCGUUAGCUCGAUUAUUAUUAGAAAGGGCAUUAAUAUCUCCUAGAGUCGCACACAAUUUAUAUUGGCUUCUAACGCAUAGUUUACCUGGAUCCUCACCACAGAAUUCACAAUGGGAUACCGUUGCUCAAGAUGAAUUUAGUGUUGGCGCAGCAAGACACCAUCGACGUUUAAUGUUGAUGUUACGUGCGCUCCUUGCAAUAUCUGGUGGUGCUCAAAGACAAAGAUUUAUGUCUCAACAACUCCUAGUCAAAAGUUUAAAUGAAGUCGCCGAAAAUGUAAAAACAACUAAAGAAUCGCUGCGCUUGAAAUCGUUGUUAACUAGUCUAGAACCAGUUCAUCAAACAUUAGUAGAUAAUACAACAUGCCUACCGUUAUCCCCUAGUUUAUUGGUGAAUGGUAUACAAGUUCGAACAUGUUCAUAUUUUGCUUCGAACACACUUCCAUUGAAAAUUAAUUUUACUGCGCCAAAUAAUAAUGCGAUUAUUCCGGCAAUUUUUAAGGUUGGGGAUGAUUUACAACAAGAUAUGCUUACAUUACAAGUUGUACGUAUUAUGGAUAAACUUUGGUUACGAGAAGGCUUAGACUUAAAAAUGGUAUCGUUUUUAUGUGUACCAACUGGACAUAAGCGAGGAAUGAUUGAAUUAGUUGCAAAUUCUGAGCCAUUACGAAAAAUUCAAGUUGAAUGGGGUUUAACAGGAUCGUUUAAAGAUAAACCAAUCGCGGAAUGGUUAGCCAGGCAUAAUCCAUCUGAAUUGGAAUACGAGAGAGCAGUUGAAAAUUUCACAGCGUCGUGUGCUGGAUACAGUGUUGUGACGUAUAUUUUAGGUAUUUGUGACAGACAUAAUGACAAUAUUAUGCUAAAAACAUCUGGACAUGUUUUUCAUAUUGAUUUUGGAAAAUUUUUGGGUGAUGCACAAAUGUUUGGUAAUUUUAAACGGGAUCGUACUCCAUUUGUGUUAACCUCAGACAUGGCAUACGUAAUAAAUGGUGGAGAUAGGCCAUCAGCACGGUUUCAUCAAUUUGUGGACUUGUGUUGUCAAGCGUAUAAUAUUGUUCGAAAACAUGGCAAUCUAAUUCUUCACUUAUUUGCUUUGAUGGCAUCGUCAGGUAUACCUGGUGUGACAAUGGAAGCAGUCAAUUAUGUACGUCGUGCUUUAUUACCAGGACAAUCAAAUGCAGAAGCAGCUGCAACAUUUGCACGUCUUAUUGAAAGCUCGCUGAAAUCAUGGUUUACACAGUUUAAUUUCUUUUUACAUAAUUUGGCACAAUUACGAUUUACUGGAGAUCAUGGAGAUGGAGAAUUGUUAUCGUUUGUUCCAAAAACUUACAGUUGUGUAUCCGACGGGAGAUUGUUGGGCGUAGAAGUACAAGGAUAUCAAAAACGCUACGAUCCUGAUAAGCAUUACUUAUAUAUCAUAAAAGUGGAACGUGUUGGUUCACCAGAUUCAAGUUACGUUUUGCGUUCGUAUAAAGAAUUCACGGAACUUUACCAAAAACUUUGUUUGCAUUUUCCGUUAGCUAAGGUUCAUAGUUUACCUACUGGAAUGCAUAUGGGUCGCAGUAACAUCAAACAAGUAGCAGCUAAACGAAAAACCGAUAUUGAGCUAUUUUUAAAAUCUCUAUUUCUAACAGCCGAUGAAAUUGCUCAUUCUGAUCUAGUUUAUACCUUUUUCCAUCCUCUUUUACGAGACCAACAACCUGUGGAUUUAUUUGCUAGAAAAUUAAAAGAACGUCGAACGGAUCAAAGAAACGAUAUUGGUCGUGUAAAAGGUGAAUUAAAAUUAUCUGUAAUUUAUGAACGCGGAGCUUUAAGUGUUAUGGUCCAGCAUGCAAGAAGUUUACCUUUAGUGGCUAAUGGUCAAGAACCGAGUACAUAUGUUAAGGUUUAUUUACAACCUGAUCCAACGAAGGCUACUAAACGUAAAACGAAAGUUGUUCGGCGAAGUUGUCAUCCUAGUUUCAUGGAAAUGACAAUGCAAGAAGUGUUCAGAUCAGAUUCAUCGGUCGAUUUAAGUGAAUGGAGUAAUGGUUUAUUAAGCGGCCGUGAUCAUAAAGAAUUAUUAUCAUCAAAUAAUCAUCACACACAUCAUGGUACACACAGUAGUGUUGUAUUACAUGAUCGAUUAAUGACAGACGCAGCACUUGGUACAUCCUGUAUAACAUUACCAAUAAAAACAGAACAUUCAUAUAGUCUGGCAUCCGAUGGCGAUUCAUUACCAGAUUCACCGAUCAGUCAUGAACAUAUGGAUGAUAUGGACGAUGAUUGUUUCCCAGCUAUUUCCCUGAACGCACAUUCAACAUCCAAAACUGAAAGUAUAAACACAUCGUCAAAUGAUAUAAAUGUUAUGGUAGACGUAGUCAAUAUCAAAGAUGAACCAUUAAGUGAAACAGAUAGUCCCACAUCAUCAUGUCCAGCUUCACCUGCAGCGACAACAUCAGCAAAACAAAGUCGAAAACAUGAAUAUCACAUCGAAUUAGAUCCAAUGUUAAGUGGCACACACAGUCUAUUAAAACACAAUGUACUUUAUCGACCAAAUUUAUUCAAUCAAACGACCACCCAACGUGUUGUUAUGCCCAAAAUUAAUAUCAAGUUAGAAGCAGGCACAUCUACAGGAUUCACAUUACCACCAACGCCGCCAUCUUGUAGCAGCAGUGAUGACAGUGAGGAUAAUGCAACAUCACAACCUGCAUCACCUAGUCGAUCACAAAGAACACCGGCACGAUUACUUAUUGCGCCACAAGCCCCAACACGCCAACCAAUCCACACACCUUUAAUCAGCAGUCAACCAAAAGGAUCAACUGGUCAAUUAAUGUUAACAGAAGAAGAAAAACGAACAUUAUUAGCAGAAGGAUAUCCAGUUCCUACACGUCUACCAUUAACAAAAGCUGAAGAAAAAUCAUUGAAGAAAAUCAGACGUAAAAUUAAAAAUAAGAUAUCCGCACAAGAAAGUCGCCGCAAGAAGAAAGAAUAUAUGGAUCAACUUGAACGUAAAGUUGAAAUGUUGGUAUCUGAGAAUACAGACUAUCGGAAAAAAAUAGAAUCAUUGGAAGAUUCAAAUUCAAGUUUACUAUCACAAUUAGCAAAAUUACAAGCCAUUAUUGCACGAACGCAUCCACAAAGUGUGCAAACAACCACACGACACAAAAAUUAAACUUAAAUACACAAAAAUCAUACGAAAUAUUUUUGA